AUGAGUCUGCUUCAGGCUAAGAGCAUCCAUAAGACAGUCAAAAACUCACAAUAUGUGGAGUGCGCAUUAGCCGGAAAUUGGAUGCCGCCAGUGCAUACUUCAGUUGAAGUUUCUAUUGAAGAAAUUCUUUUUAACAUGCGGUCAUAUUUCCUUAUACAGCAGUGUGUGCACAUGAAAUAUUCAGUUGAUCCAACUCAUUGUUUCUCCCAGCAAAUGUUUACAAAAAUUCACACAAUUUGCAAAGGUCCCAAUAUAUUUGAGUUCGAUUCAUUCUUUGCUGCUUUAUCAAAUCAAAUUAUAUUAUACACAUAUUCAAAUGAAGAAAAGCUAAUUGUCAAAAAGCUUUCUAUUCACUUAGAUCCUUUAUUAAUAGAGCCAAGCAAAAUAUACUACGAAAAUUCACUUUUAAUAGUAUCAUGCGACCAUGGUGGAUUAGGCCUUUAUUUUAUUGAUGAACAAUUAAUCAGAUCUCCAAUUGAAGGAAAACUACCAUAUAAGCUUCAAAAUGUGCAGAAAUCACGAGGCCUCGCUCCGAUAACAAUCAGACAAACUGAUGGCCGUAUUGGUCGCUUUGAAGCCGGAUUUUACAACGUUUAUGACCCUUAUCAAGGGCUUAUUACUGUAAAUCAGACGAAUUUGAAUAUCGAAGGAACCAAGAUAGCCAUGGCUGUUCCGUAUGAUGGCGGUAUCAUCUUCUUUUUACAAGUUAAAAUGCAUUGGUAUCUCAAAAACAACGAAUUCUCGCCAAUAUCAAGUCUAGACCAAGCAGAUGGUAUAAUAUGCGAUUGGUGCCAGUUAAACAAUUAUACAAUUGCAUUUUUAACAGAUAAAUCCAAACUUUAUAUUCUCGAACCAAAUAAUCAAUUUCGCGAAAUGCCAUUUGUCAACAACCAGAAAAUGACACCCAUCAUAAAUUUUACGAAAAUCAUUAAUUACAAAAUGAAUGUGAUUCUUGCAGUGAAUGAUUCAGGCGAAUCCUACAUUUGUGCGCUGAAAAAUGAAGGCUUUCAACUAUUCCCUACAAGAUUCUACAUCGGAAGGAAAAAUCUUGUCAUUAGCCGUACAAAAAAUAAAAUAUUACAAAUGAUUUCAAACCACAACAAAUGUGUCACUAUUUCCAGACCAGGACCACGUGUAUACUCACGAGGUAUCCCUCAUCCUACGUUUACUUCUCCAAUUACGAAAAUGUAUUCUCAAUCCAUCAACAAAACAGACACGAUGAUUGUUUUCUCAACCAGCAACCAGACCCACAUCAUGAGGAUCCAAUACGCCAGCAAUGCGCAGCCUGCAACCAAAGAAAUAAGCUUACACUACCAAAACGGAGCUCCCUACAUGGGAUUGAAUGGCCCGUGUCUCGGCUUUGGUUCACUUUUCAUUGACGAUAAAUUACAGUUCCUUUUGGCCAUGCCGGACAAAGUUGUCAGAUUUAAUGAGAAUAGCGAAUGUUACGAGAACAAAGUUAUGUGCAGCAUGCUAGUUACAGACCCUUAUUACAGGAAAUACAUGAUUAACGUCGCUCCUGAGCAAAGCUCUUUAUUAUAUUAUUGGAAAGAUUUUUCGAAUCCGAGCAAACUUGAUUAUCAAACAAAAAUCGUAUCAGUAUCCUUCUCCUCCCAUUUCAACCGCGGAUCUCAAUUCGGAGACCUCUCUCCCCGCUUCUUCCUCGUUGUCUGCGAACAGAAACUUUAUCUCUACAGAACAAUGAUCGAUGACGUAUUCGACAGCACUUGCUGCAAAGAGUCUGAGAUAAAGAACUUGAAGCCGACAUGCGGAAUAUGGAUUGACGAACAGACAUUCGCUAUUGGAUACGAACACGGUGUUGUUCAAAUCUACAGAGCGUUAAUUUUGGAUGGAAAACCUGCUACAUCAUUAGUUACAAACAUUUCUGUUGGCGAUAGCUCUGUAUUGUUGUAUCAGUACGCAGAUGCUUAUCCGACCAUCUUAUCCUUCUCUUCAAAGAUGUGUUUGAUCUCUGUCAAAAACAACGGAAUUCUCAUGAUCAGACCGAUUUCUGCCACGAAAAUUCCUCACUUUUUGACACCUCUUACUAGAUAUGCCAUUUUCUCUCCUGACAGCAACGAGGUUGACCUGAUGAUGGUUGAUUUCAAUGACUGCGUGAUCACUGUUUCUCCUGUAAGAGAUGAUUCGACAACAAUCAUCAAUACAGAGCCAAUUCCUUCAAUGAAUGACGAAACAAAUUCAAUGGAUUUGGCUGUGACAACACAGAGCGGAAUCUACAUUUACACGAAUUACGACAUCCCUCACGCUGAUGCAAUCAACAGAUUGACAGUUAGUAAGGAUGAAACAAUACUUUCAUCCAAACUGGAUAAACACAUGAUCGCGUGGUUGUCAAUGAACAUCAGCAAAGAAAUAAUUGUUCAUGUAGCAAAUCUGUCACAGCAAAAAGAAGGUUUCGAAUAUGUUAAAUGCAAAUACAACAGGAAUUUGUCAUUGAUAACAUUAAGGGAAAGUAAAACAGUUGAUACUUAUAUUCCAGGAAUUGUUUGUGCAGGAGGAACAAUAGUUGUUUUAUUCCAGUUUAAUACAAACAAAACAGCUUUAGCUCCUGUUUCUCGCCUUGAAAACGUCGGAACAAAAAUAACAGCAAUCGCAUUCCACACUGACAAACUAAUUGUUGGUGAUCAAAACAUGGGAAUAAAGCUGUUCAAAUACGACGACACGAGUAGAUGUUUUACUCCUAUCUCUUCAAUGGGACAAAACAUGAGACAGUGCAUCACAGCAAUCAGUGUCUGUCCAUCAGAAGAUAUUAUAACUGUUGGUGACAGAUCAGGAAAUUUCAUGUUCUUCAGUGAUGCAUUGAACAAAAGACCAUUUGAUAACAUAGCGUUUGAAUCAUGUUUCAACGUCGGAGAUCCAAUUGUUGGAGCGUAUACAACACUCUAUCAGACAAUGAGUCACAGCCAGAACCAAAACCAAAUGCAGAUGCAGAACCAGGCACCGAAACAAAGUCAUCCAACUGCUUACAUGUGGUAUUCAACAAUUACUGGAGAAGUUGGAGUUUUCAUGUCUCAUAUUUUUAAUCCAAAUAAUCCUUAUUUGAAUAUCUUGUUGGGUGUGGAAUUGAAAGUUUCUGAAAUGUUGACAAAACUAACAGGAAUCAAUCCACUUGAAAAGAGAAACAAACAAUACCCAUCAUCAGCAGUUAUUGAUCUAGAUAUUGUAGAAAUGUUCGCCGAUAUGCCUCUGCAAUUCCAGGAAGAUUUCGCAAGAAAUUUGACUGAGAAAUAUAAGAUGAAGUUCGAUAGAUCAAGUAUUAUCGAUUUGAUCACAAGAUACUUGGUGUACUGCCUUCAUUACCCCAAUGAUGGUCAACAUAAUGGAUUGAGAUGA